AUGCCGGUUACCCCGCCGAACGGUUCAAUUCACGGUAACAAGGAAUAUCUAGAGUAUGUGAAUACACUUGACUUCACUUCACUACAAACAAUCAUCCCAUUCAUUUAUAUUAUUCCGAUUAUCGGGGUUAUGAUAACUAUCUUGGUGGUGUAUCGGAAUGCAAAGGCGUCUCAGAAUUCUGUGUCGAUGGAUAGUAAUGUGUUUAUACUUAUCAUGCUAUACUUUUUAUUUAUCACAGUCUUCACCUACCGCGACUGGUGGUCCACCUCCCUUAUCCUCCGUACCAUUGGAAAUGACUUCGAGACUGUCAUGAUGCCAUGGGUGCUAUUCUUGACCCAUCCCUUAUUCCGUAGGAACAAGUUAACAGCGAAAUUGAGUACCAGCUCAAUCCCAUUUAAUAGUAACUGGAAUCGAAGGAUCUCGGUGGUGGACAGAGUUUGA